AUGGGUUUAGUUUUUAUCGCUUUCGGCGCCAGUAUUCCCGACGCUAUCGCCAGCCUUAUUGUUGUUCGGCAGGGAUUGGUUGACAUGGCUUUGACUAAUGCUAUCGCCAGUAAUGUAUUCGAUAUACUCGUUUGUUUAGGUCUUCCAUGGUUUUUAAAGACUGCCAUAAUUGACCCUGGUUCACAUAUUGACGUCAUUAGCAGGGGUCUUGAGUACUCGACAGUAUCCCUUCUGGCGACUGUCAUCUUCUUUCUAGUGAUCACUCAUUUGAAUGGAUGGAAACUAAUCUCUAUGAACUUAAUGUCUUUGGAUCCCUAA